AUGGCGCUGCGGAGGGCGCUGAGAGCGGCGGGCCGGAGGUGUGCGCAGCGCCUGUGCUCGGUGGCACCGGGGGACACCAUCUUCGCCGUCUCCUCCGGACAUGGACGCUGCGGGGUGGCCGUCAUCCGUACCAGCGGGCCGGGCAGCGGGGGGGCCAUACGCAGCCUCACCGGGAGCUCCGAGCUGCCCCCCCCUCGCGUUAUGGCCCUACGGCGCAUCCGGGACCCCCGCACCGCAGAGCUGCUGGACCGCGGCCUCGUGGUCUGGUUCCCAGGACCCCAAAGCUUCACCGGGGAGGACUGCAUGGAGCUGCACGUGCACGGCGGGCCGGCGGUGGUGAGCGGAGUGCUGCAGGCACUGGGGCGUCUGUCUGGGCUGCGUCCUGCUGAGCCGGGUGAGUUCACACGCCGUGCGUUCCACCGGGGGAAGCUGGACCUGACGGCAGCUGAAGGGCUGAGGGACCUCAUCCAUGCUGAGACCGAGGCGCAGCGGCAGCAGGCACUGAGGCAGAUGGAGGGCGAGCUGGGGAGGCUGUACCAGCAGUGGGGCGAGACCCUCACCCAGGCCCUCGCUCAUAUCGAAGCGUACAUUGACUUCAGUGAAGAUGACAACGUGGAGGAAGAGGUGUUGUCCCAAGUGGAUGCAGCCGUGCGGACCCUGGAGCAGGAGAUUGCUGCACACCUGCAAGAUGGGCGCCGGGGGGAGCUGCUGCGCUCGGGGGUCCGCGCCGUCAUCGCCGGACCCCCCAACGUGGGCAAGAGCAGUCUGCUCAACCUGCUGUGCCAGCGCCCGGCUGCCAUCGUGUCCCCAGUGGCGGGGACCACGCGGGACGUGGUGGAGGUGUCCCUGAAUGUCAGCGGUUACCCCGUGGUGCUGAGUGACACGGCGGGGCUGCGUGAUGCCACCGACCCCAUCGAGCAGGAGGGAGUCAGCCGUGCUCGGGAGCGCCUGCAGCAUGCAGACCUGGUGCUGGCUGUGUUGGAUGCCACCACGGUGCCUGCUGAGCCGGCCGAGCUGGGGGCUGCCCUGGGCUCCUUGGUGCCCCCCACCACUCCCUGCAUCCUGGUUCUCAACAAGGCCGACCUGCUGGGGGGGCGCACGGGGGCUCUAUGUGAUGCCUGCACCCACAGACCCCCGCUGCCCCCCACCACCCUGCUGUCCUGCAAGACGGGCGAAGGCACCGACAGCCUCUUACAGCUGCUGGGGCAGCAGCUGGCACAGCUGUGCGGAGACCCCCUGGCUGGCUCUCCCAGCCUGACUCAGAGCCGGCACAGCACCCAGCUGGGGGGCUGCAUGGCCGCCCUGGCGCUGUACAGGCAGCAGCAGGAUGUGGGGAUGGCAGCCGAGCAGCUGCGCCUGGCACGGCGACACCUGGGACGCAUCACCGGGCACGUGGGUGCUGAGGACAUCCUCGAUGUCAUCUUCAGGGACUUCUGCAUUGGCAAGUGAUGGGGGUCCGUGGGGGUAUUAAACCGUGGUGCCUUGG